GUGAAAGAGGGCUGAACCUGGCUCUGCACCCCUACCAAAGCUCUCCCGGACCCCCGUUCCAGACAGCCAGACGGUCGUUAAGGUGCGAGUUGAAGAAGCAGCGGGUUUCCCUCAGAGCGCCGCUUUCCCAUUCACACAAGUAUGUAUCCAGUUGGUGGAGGGAUAUCUGCGAGCAUAUAUGCCAACAGGCUCCGGUCGGAAGGGAUGGGCUCCAAAGACCAGGCUGUGCCCUUCGCCAGCCAGGAUUACGAGGCUCUGAAGCAGGAGUGCCUGGAGUCGGGCGGCCUGUUUGAAGACCCUUGUUUCCCCGCGGAGCCUCCAUCCCUCGGCUUCAAGGAGCUCGCCCCUUAUUCCUCUAAAACAAGAGAUGUGGAGUGGAUAAGGCCCACGGAACUGACAGGAGACCCUCAGUUCAUCGUGGGUGGUGCGACUCGAACGGACAUCUGUCAGGGAGCACUGGGUGACUGCUGGCUCUUAGCAGCCAUUGCCUCCCUCACCCUGAACGAGAGGCUUCUUCAUCGGGUCGUUCCUCACGGCCAGUCCUUCCAAGACGACUACGCUGGAAUAUUCCACUUUCAGUUCUGGCAGUUUGGCGAGUGGGUCGAUGUUGUGAUUGAUGACAGACUGCCUGUCAAAGAUGGCGAGCUGAUGUUCGUCCAUUCCGCCGAGGGCAAUGAAUUCUGGAGUGCUCUCUUGGAAAAAGCUUACGCCAAGUUGAAUGGCUCCUACGAGGCCUUGUCCGGCGGGAGCACCACUGAAGGCUUUGAGGACUUCACGGGGGGUGUGUCUGAGAUGUACGAGCUGCGCAAAGCUCCUCGAGACCUUUACAAGAUCAUCGGGAAAGCUCUGGAUCGAGGCUCCCUGCUGGGCUGUUCCAUUGACAUCACCAGCGCCUUUGAUAUGGAAGCUGUAACAUUCAAGAAGCUUGUGAAAGGCCACGCCUACUCUGUCACUGGACUGAAGGAGGUUGAUUUUCACGGCCGCCUGGAGCGUCUGAUCCGGAUCCGGAACCCUUGGGGCCAGGUGGAGUGGACGGGAGCUUGGAGUGAUAAUUCCUCUGAGUGGGAUGAGAUUGACCCUUCUCAGCGAGAGGAUUUGCAUCUUACGAUGGAAGACGGGGAGUUUUGGAUGUCCUUCAGCGAUUUCACCAGGCAGUUUUCCAGACUGGAGAUCUGCAACCUGACUCCAGACGUCCUGAGCGAGGACAGCCUCAGCCACUGGAACACCAUGAAGUUCUACGGCACCUGGAGGAGGGGCAGCACGGCCGGAGGCUGCAGGAACCAUCCCAACACCUUCUGGAUCAAUCCUCAGUACAAGAUCACCCUGCUGGAGGAGGAUGACGACCCCGAGGAUGACGAAGUGGCGUGCAGCUUCCUGGUGGCUCUGAUGCAGAAGGAUCGGCGCAGGUACCGGCGCCAGGGUCAGGACAUGCACACCAUCGGCUUUGCUGUGUAUGAGAUACCAGAAGAGUUCAAAGGCUGCCAGAACGUCCAUUUGAAGAAAAAUUUCUUCCUGAGCCACUCAUCGUGCGCCCGGUCGGAGACCUUCAUCAACCUGCGGGAGGUGAGCACGCGGCUGCGCCUGCCCCCCGGGGAGUACCUCAUCGUCCCCUCCACCUUUGAACCCGGGAAAGAGGCCGACUUUGUCCUGAGAGUCUUCACUGAGAAGCAGUCUGAGACAGAAGAACUGGAUGACGAGAUCUCUGCGGAUUUGGAAGAUGAAGAUGACAUAACUGAAGAUGACAUUGAUGACUCCUUUAAGUCAAUGUUUGCCCAGCUUGCUGGAGAGGACAUGGAAAUCUCCAUUCACGAGCUCAGGACCAUUUUAAACAGAGUUGUUGCUCGACACAAAGAUCUGCAGACUGAUGGUUUCAGUGUGGAGUCCUGCAGGACCAUGGUCAACUUGAUGGAUAAAGAUGGCAGUGCCCGUUUAGGACUGGUGGAGUUUCAGCUCCUCUGGAACAAAAUCCGGAAGUGGCUGGUUGUUUUCAGGCAGUUUGACCUUGACAAAUCUGGGACCAUGAGCUCGUACGAGAUGCGACUUGCUGUGGAAGCAGCAGGUUUUAAACUGAACAACAGACUGAACCAGAUUCUGGUGGCUCGGUAUGCUGACAACGAGAUGAUUGACUUUGACAACUUCAUCUGCUGCCUGGUCAAGCUUGAGGCCAUGUUUAGAUCUUUCAAGCAAAUUGACCAAGAGGCAUCAGGGACAGCUGAGAUGAAUCUCACAGAGUGGCUGUACUUGACAAUGUGUGGUUGAAGAGAUGCUUUGCUGGUGAGGUGCAUCGAACGUCAUCAAACCCGGAAGACCCCUCCGCCUGAGGAGCCUGUUGAUCCUUCAACACCUCCCACCUCGGACCACAGCGAAAGUAGCAACAGACAAUAACAGAUUACCAAAGUCCAGCCAUAUUUCACAAACUAUGCAAACAUACAGUGUAAAUCUGCCACUGUGCCACAUUAGUCUGUCAUCUGUGUAAAAAGCAUGGGCCUACGCAUGAGAAAACUCAUUGGCUGGAAUAUGCAUUUCAAGCGAUACUGAAUAUUUGUUGUAGGGUGAGGAGUCUGUGGCAACAGAUUUAUUCACUGAAAUAUCACUUUUUUUUUAACGUCACGUGAAGAAAGAUUUGGUUACAUUAGUACUUUAAAAGUGAAGUCUUACUUUUUUCACUUAUGUUUUCAUUUCAUAUGAUUUUAGGACUGAAAGCAGCGUUAUGCCACAGUGGACUGUAGCUUCAGUCGAGCACCUGCAGGUGGCGGUACAGACUUUUUAAUACAAACAAGUCUAACUUGUAGAUUAUUACAUUGACGUUCUUCAAUAAUUAUAAAUUGACGCAACUGACUUUUUUUUUAAAUAUAUUUUGCACUUAGAUUAAAGCUGCUCGUGAAGAUGCCUCACAGUCAUGAAUAGUUCACUAAAGUGACAUUUACAUGAAUGAAGUGAUCCUGAAUGCCUUACAUGUGAAACCAUAAUGACCUGUAAAAAAAAAAGAAGUGCCAGUCAUGUGUUUUGUGAUGUGAAUGUAUAA